UUUGACUCGGGGGAUGCGCGCGGCUGUCAAAGUUGAAUGGUGAGCAACUACUCGGCUCGCCUGCUCAAUUCGACCUCCCGGCGCGGCAGCUGAAACAAUGCGCGCGUUUGUUCAGUCUCCCCUGCCUCUCCCGGCCAGGGCGUCAGGAGUAGAACAGAUUGAAGCCACGUGGAGUCAACGAGCAAGCUCGUGCGUGUGACAUCUGACCAGCAUGGAAGAGUAGGCCAAUAUAUCCUGCAAGAAUGGCUCUCUCUUUCUCUCUCGAGCUGCCUUCAAGUGAAGACCCUUCUGCCAGCCAUAGCAUGAACGAGUAAUUGCUGAAUUUUACGUUCACCUUACUCUAUUCAAAAUGCAGUGGUGUCUCGGAUGUCCAAAUGUGCUAUUGAGUGGCACUUAUUUUCGUUGGUGGUCUCUGUGCCGCAGUUGACAUUUACUUUGUCGUUAAAGGGGUCAAACUCUCCGUGGGAACAAUUAUCUUUUUUGAGAUUCAUACAUUUGAUCAAUUGUCGGUGGGCUGAUGGGCUGAGUUGACCCCCUGACCGGGAUUGAACUCCUAACUUUUUAAUUGUGAUAUUGCGUAGGGGGGUUUUCUUUAAGGUUGUGCUGUACACGCGAUACAACCCGAAGGUACAUCGGACAGAUAUAUUUUUUUUAUUUUGCGAAUUGAAGAAUCUCUGCAUAGCUACACCAAGCUUGGUGCUUAUAAGUCAGUUGGAGGGGAUUGUAUGUGUACUGUCUUCUGUAUGUCGGUGAGUGUUUUACGUACAAAGUUAGGUAUUUUUUUUUAAUGAACAUCUGCAUUUUUUAGACGUAGAAGCCAUAGCAGGUGAAAAGAACGGAGAUGUCACAAUGUGUUUUUUGCGGUUUCAACGCCGUAAAUAUAAAAUUAGCACACUGUGCAGGAGCACUGCUCUACUGAAAAUGUGGGUGGUAAAAGGCAGAAGUGAUUCACAAAUGUUCUUGACUGACGGUGAAGGAAGAUCGAGGGAAUUGUGAAGUGAUGUAAUAAUGGUGUGAGCAGGCACUGUAAUGUAAUGCUCCGGGCACAUUGUUAUAACCGUGAAAUAAUUGAAGACUUACAUUUGUUUUAAAUGAUCAUAUAAAUAUAGAAACUGAAAACACUGGACAUUUAAAAAAAAACAUAGACAUGCAUCCACAAUUGUGCCCACAUUCAUUAUUGUUAAGCUAAUCAUCCCUUUUUGGUGUCUUCAUUCACACGAUGAUUCACCCAUUGCCUAUUUGAAUGACAUUUUACGUUGAUCAUGUCGAGUACUAGUCAUUUAUUGGACCGAAUGGCUUCACUAGUAAAAAGAAUGCUGCCCUAUGUCGUAAGUCACGGAGGGUGUUUGACCAUAUUUCACAAUGCUGGUGAGUUUGGGUUUGUGAAUGGGGAAGGUCUAGGAUUGGUUCAUAUAUCAGUCACCACUCGUGUGAACUGUGGUUGGGAAUUUAACUCAGUUUCCCAAGUCCGUAGUUGUCUCCGCGCUAACCACUGCACACUUGCUCCAAUUUCACUGUGUGGUGAACAAUACAUUAUCUUUACGUAUUAUCCAGCUGAGCUAAGCCAAGUGAAAUAUUUGAAGGUAAUUCCCAUACUCUCCAGAUAAUCUCAAACAUAACUAAUUAUUGUUUGUCAAGGUCUAACUCUCUAUUUCUAUGUAUAAUAAGAUAAUUGUUAUUGCGAGUUUGUUUAAGUUGAAGUGAUGUAUUUAUAUAUUGUUAAAUGCUGCUCACAUUUCCUUUUGCGGACGUUGUGUAUUUGUGGCACAAUGCUAUCAUCUCUGUGGCCCGGAUUUGAUUAAUAGCCAAGCCACAGCACAACGUCAGAGCCAAGUAAUAUCUGAACAUAUCCGUAGGGCUCCUCGGAUCGACUCGACCUUAGAAAUGAGUAUUUUGUGCACUGGAUGAACAUUGACAUGUGUGAGAAAAAGAGGCAGUUAGUGGUGUUUGUCAUACAACCCUGUUGUAUCCUUUGCUUCCCACGAUAGGCGGUCACUAUAUACCACGGGAGUUUCCUCCCGUGGUAUAUUCUAUUUGUGCGUAUGGCAAUAUGUUUUCAGGAGCUAAAAUGCCAAUGUCGAGGUCUGAUAGCCAUGUCGCGGCUUUACGGAUGAGAGUUGGUAUAGUAUUGAUAUUCCUACAUUCAAGGAGCGCAGACUUCUGUGGUUUACUUUGCAAUCCAUAGUAUGGACACGUGGUCUAUAAGGUUAAACGAGGUGAUCCUCGUCUUGUACACAUAUCUGCACAUUGCAGCUUAGCCGCAUGAACAGAGUUUAACACGCGUCAUGACAGAGGCAGCCAAAGUAGGGAAAAUGCUCGAGGGGAUGUCUGCCGAGGAGACGGAGUUGAUUAAAGUUUGUGGGCUCUGAACCUUGACUGCAGCCUUGCACCCCUUUGGUUCUUAAUCGUAAACAAAACAAAAAUGUGUAAUGUUAAUAAAUACAUAGGUUUGAUGAAGCAAAGUUAGUUGUACUUACGUGCCCGUGCUUAUUUUAGCUUUCGAUGGUUUACCUUCGAAAAUAAUCUGGCAUGUCUCGCACCCCAAGGGGUGCAUGCACCCCAGGUUAAGAAGAAGAAGAACCACUGUGCUAGAUGGAUUGCUGCAUCGAUGGAUGUGAGAGCUCGCGAUGGUUUUGAGAGGGAUUCAUGCAGCAGUAAAUUGACUGUAGCUCAUGGUGAUUUUAUGCAUUGCUAUGUUCCACCAACAGGUUCAAGAAAUUGCGAUGACGCUGAAGAACAGAAUGGGGACAUGUCUCUUCAUUUUAUACUUGUCUAUGUCAGCCAACUGCUUCAACUACCAGUCCACAAGGACACCUAAAAACCACGUGUGCAUCACGGAUAAGAUAUUACACGUGGAGGCACUCGAGGGUGACGCAUCAAUGAUAGCGUGUGACCUGUCAAAUGAAAUUUCUACGUCCGAUGCCACCGCUGUCAGAUGGCACAAGGUUUCAAAUGACUCCUCAAGCCAACGGGCUUUAGCAUUCGAAGAGCACCGCGUUGUGGAGGAUGGCCACGCCGUGUGGUUUCUACCAAGUCACAGAGAUGAUCAAGGGCUUUACGUCUGCCAUCUGCAAAAUGCAAUUUCCUGCAUUAACUUCACAGUGGCUAUUAGAGAAAACCGCCUUUGCUACAGUGGAAAUAAUGUAUACAGUAGCUUUACUAAAAGUGGAAAGAAUAAACGCUUGUUUUGUCCACGUGAUAUUCUUCAGUCAUCAGAGAAUGCAAACUUCACUUGGUACAAGAAUUGUCGUGCCAUAGAUACGAGUGCAGAGCAGAACAGAGGGAAUGAAUUGACGAUCCACAACGUGACUGUAAAAGAUGCGGGGAAAUACACAUGUGAAGUGCACUUCCAGAAGUUUGGCAGACAUCAUAAAGCAAGCAAAACAUUUAGCCUGCAAGUGAAAGAAAUUGUGAUGGGAAAAAAGCCUGAAAUUCUUCAACCUCGAAAGAAUAAUUUCAGAAACGUUUCUCUUGGUCAGGCAGUAAACAUAACUUGCAAGGUUAUGUACAACCUUGGCCACGAUUUAUAUCCUCUGGUGUGGUGGACAUCCAAUGGAAUUUUCAUUGAGGACAAUCAUGAAGAAAACGGCCUAAUUGAGAGCAGUUACAGGAAUGUGUCCUCCAAUGAGACUUGUUCUGUCAUUGAAAGGACAUUGACAAUCAACAAAGUACAGCCCAACCAUCUUGGCUACACCUUUACUUGCUUUGCACAGAAUGGAGUUGGGAUGAAUUCUGCAAGCGUACGCUUACAGCAACAAUGUUCAAGCAUGGGCGUCAGAUCCAAGGCAUCAAAAAAGGCCCUUUACAGAAUUCUUUUUUUCGUGCUGCCCUUCUUCAUACUCUUAUUAUAAAACUCAAUGUUAUGUUUAGCAGAAUGUAUAGGCUAUCUUGCACUCCUUUACCCUCUGUAACUUGAGCACGUAAGAUACAGAAACAUUAUUCACAUACAGUGUAUAUAUUGUUUGAAAAAAUAUAAAUAAUUACGUUUUGUAGUGUUAAUUUUGAAGCAUGCGUACCAUAUGCUCGGUGUUGAUUGCAGACAGCCCAUGUAAUAAACAUUCCCUGAAUAUAAUUAGACACGUUUUAAUAAAGCGCAAUGUUUAUUUACAAAGGGUUAUCAUGGUUUCUGUCUUUUAACUAUGCAAUGUACAACUGGGAAAAUGUAUAUAUUACAAUAAACAUUAUUUUUCACAUUAAUAUAAUGAAAUGUAUAAAAAGUGUCAUUGGUAAAAUUAUUUGUCGUAAACCGUAACAAAAAAAUGUAUUCAAAUAAAGUGGAAAAUUAU